AUGGCAUUUGUAGACAAUUCAAAAAAUCUCAGUUCUGAAGACAGCUGGUUCAAGAAAUCGCAAAAUUCACUAAAAGAAAGGUUCCUUAAUAUUGCAAAUGAUAUAAAAGCGUUUCAAGGGCAGUUCUAUGAAGUGGAAAAGAAAUGCUUUAAAGAAGACCGAGGACAGUGCUUAGCUCAGCAUGACCAAUUUAAAUUGCUAAUUGCUGAUUUGCAGAGAAAACAGGAAAAAGAAAAACAAAAAUGUUUUAAAACUUGUCAAGCUCUAAUUCCUAAAGAAAAUAAUAGAAAACAAGCUAACUGGGAAAGUGAUUAUUUUGAGUGCUAUUCACUUUAUAUGGAAAGAUACAUAAAUUUAAUGCAAAAUGAAUGCGAAAUUUAUAAGAAUGCAGCAAGUCAGCUGCUGGAAAAUUAA